AAGUGUCAAAAAUCGUAAGAACGUUCGUUGAUUGCUGUUAUUUUUAGUUCCGAGUAAAAAAAAUAACUAUUUAGGCCUCACAAUGCCCCGUGGUUUGGUCGGACAACUAGUCUGCAUUGUACAGGACUGCAGUGCACGAACGAGACGUACAACUCUAGCCGUGUUUCCGGGCCCUAAAUGUGCCGGUACGCAAAAGUUGUGGAAGGAAGCCCUCGAACAACCGAUUGAUGGUGACAUCGAAGGACCGUAUGGUGUUUGUGAGUUACAUUUCAGUGAGGAAUAUCUAGUUCGAGAAAAACAGAGCAUCUGGUUGAACCCCGGUGCUGUACCGAAUUCGACGGUGAAAGGAGCUCGCCUUCCAGUCCGCUGUCGGAUGUGUGCCAAGAGUGAGCGUACAACCAUGGAAAAUACUGUGUCCAAGCUGAGCAAAGAUAAACAGCUGCUGCCAGUAUUGCGCAUUUGCUUGGAUCUGGAGAACACUAAGCACAGAAAGCUUCCGGAUGGGGUUUGCGAAGGAUGCACGUCCAUGGUACGGUUCAUUGGUCGUUACGCUGAAAGUUGCUGGAACGCGCAGAAUGAAUUAUUAAAACAAUGCGUGACGGAAAGGAGUACGAUACCAAAACCAUGGAAAAGAGCUCGAAAAUAUGAAAAUCAUUCGCAGAUAAUUGUUAUUCCAACAGAAGCUGCUUCUCCUGAUUUAGUAUUAGAAUCAUCGAAUUUGGAAACGAUCAGCACCAAACUGCAGCACGAUCCACUAGAUGCCGAAGAAGCUCUUCAAGUUCUAACCUCUAUAGGCUUGGUCACAUCUGACACUGAUGAUGGAUAUAAACAAGAGCUGGUAGGUGAGAACAUUCUACCAGAAGAACUAUCGAGUGAGAUUAAAACGGAGCCCAUAGUAUACCUGGAUGACAGUGAUGAACAACAAAAUAUUACAACGGAAAGUACUUCACUGCCCUCGAAUUGUAGAAAAAUGAAAACGAAAAGCCUAAGCAAUCUGAGAAAAUCCCCAUUUCGAAAAUCUACCAAAAGUGACACCACAUCGAACGUAGCUAACAAGCAGCACAUACGAUCGUUACGCGCGCGUAAUUACGAGUGUGGCUUCUGUUUGCAGUCAUUUGACACACAGGGUACACUGGAACGUCACAUUCGCCUUCACGAACGGGAGCUGGACGAGUAUGGGACAACUUCUGGGGCCAACGGUAAGGAAUUGGAUUUCAUUCGAUGCCUACAGUGUCGAACACAGUACCGCACUGCUCUGGAGUUAAAGGAGCAUAUAAAUCUGGAACACGCCAAUCAAACCGAUUGUCUAAUUUGCGGAGAGAAAUUCAAACGAAAAUCGCGAUUGGACGAACAUGUGAUCAGAACACACGGGGCUAUAUUUGUAUAAAUUAAGUUUUCAUAAUUUUUUUCUAGACAUCCAUUCAUAAAGGCUGUCUGCCAUUGUUAUUCAUCAUUUUGCACUUUGUACUUUUAAAAUAUCACUAAAAGGAUAUUUUGAUAUGAACCUAACAUAAGAAACGAAAUGUUCAAAUUAAUAAACCGAGUAGGAUGCUUAUGUCCAUGAAACAUA